GCUAUUUUGCAUCUUUUGUACAACAUGGUGACUAGAGUUAAUAAUAUAUUCUUUAUGCUAAGAGUGAAUAUAAAGUGUUCUCACUACAAAAUGAUAACUGCAUGAGCAUGGACCUUGAAGACUCUGAACAAGAUCCUGAAGAGAAGUAUUCUUCUGUCUGUGUUGGCAGAGAAGAUGACAUUAAGAGAUCUAAGAGAAUGACAGCUGUUGUCCAUGAUAGAGAAGUAGUCAUUUUCUACCACAAAGGAGAAUACCACGCAAUGGAUAUCCGCUGCUACCAUGCAGGAGGGCCACUACAUUUGGGAGAAAUAGAGGAUUUUGAUGGACGACCAUGUAUAGUUUGCCCCUGGCAUAAUUACAAAAUUACAUUGGCAACAGGAGAAGGAUUAUACCAAUCUAUAAACCCUAAAGAUCCAUCAUCAAAACCCAAAUGGUGCUCCAAAGGGAUAAAGCAAAGGAUUCACACAGUGACAGUGGACAAUGGGAAUAUUUAUGUGACUCUUUCUAAGGAACCCUUUAAGUGUGACUCUGACUUUUAUGCCACUGGAGACUUCAAAGUAAUUAAAAGUUCUUCCUGAUAAAAAUAGAUGGCUAUGAAAAAUGUA